UUCAACACACACCUAUACACACACACACAUAUAUAUAUGCACAGUCACUCACCAACCCAACUCUGAAACUAACGCCACCACCUAAACCACACCAACAAACAUGUCGUCGGCGGCGGCGAUGUCAGCCAUGGGCUACACAUCAUCAUCAUCUUCUUCAAAAGAUUUCUCCAAAUUCAAGACUCACAUUCCAUUUCAAUCUUUUCAUUUCAAACCAUCACUUUCACUAUCCACCCAAACACCAAAAACCUCAUUUUCAUCGAAAAAUAACAACACCCAGAACAAGUUUCCUAUCUUACUCGCGUUUUCCGGCGACGGUGGUGACGGUAGCGGCCACGGUAAUAAUUCUGGCGGUGGCGGCGGUGGUGAUAAUGGAAAUGAUAAUGAGAAAGAAGCGUUGAUGGUGUUGGCCCAAGUGGGUAGAUCGUUGGAUAGUUUGCCUAAAGAUUUAGCGGCGGCAAUCGGGUCGGGCCGGAUACCUGGAUCGGUGGUGAAAAGGUAUUUGGAGCUUGAAACGUCGCCGUUUUUGAAAUGGCUGUUGCAGUUUGGUGGGUUUAAGGAAAGGUUGCUGGCUGAUGAUUUGUUUUUGGCUAAAGUUGGGAUUGAAUGCGGCGUUGGUAUGUUUACUAAGACUGCUGCGGAAUAUGAAAAACGUAAAGAAAAUUUCUUCAAGGAGAUCGAGAUUGUUUUUGCAGACGUGGUGAUGGCAGUAAUUGCAGAUUUUAUGCUUGUUUACCUUCCUGCCCCUACUGUCUCUCUUCGGCCAGCUAUAUCUCUCAAUGCUGGACGUCUUGCCACAUUUUUUUAUAACUGUCCUGAUAAUGCAUUCCAGACUGCUCUUGGUGGAACGUCGUAUACAUUAUUCCAAAGAUUUGGUGCUAUAGCGCGUAACGGCAUAAAGCUUUUUGGUGUGGGCACUGCAUCAUCACUGGUCGGCACGGUGGUCACAAAUACAGUGAUCAAUGCUAAAAAGGCUGUUCAGAAAUCCUCUGAUGAUGAGCUCGAGAAUAUACCUGUUUUAUCUACCAGUGUGGGGUAUGGUGUUUAUAUGGCAAUUUCUAGCAAUCUCAGGUACCAACUUUUGGCUGGUGUCGUUGAGCAACGACUUCUAGAACCCUUGUUACACCAACACAAGUUAAUGCUCAGUGCAGCCUGCUUCCUUGUUCGAACAGGAAACACAUAUUUGGGUUCAUUAUUGUGGGUGGAUUAUGCCCGUCUGGUGGGACUUCAAAAGGCGCAUGAUGUGGAAUGAAGUCAAUCUAGUUCUUUGUUUCUCAUAUAGCUUCAGAUUAGUCGACAUUAUUUGCGUUGUUGGUGAUUGUCUAAACGGGUGGCUUAUUCCCCCGAAUUUUCAAGAUUUGUUGAAUUUUACUUGAUUGUUUGGUUUUAAGACAUUGUUUUCGACAUGGAAAUGCAAGAUUUUCUUGCAUUUUUGUAAAAGCUGAAUAUAUUGGAUUUUCGUAAAA